CCAUUCUUCCUAUGCAGACAGACACACAACAUGGCGGACUAGAAUAGUCGGCCGACGCGCCCGGAUACAGCGGACAGACCGUGGGAUUUAACGUCCAGAGAGGCCGAGUAAGUACUCUCCGAAGGGGACGAGACGUCAGGGCGAACACGGGGUUUUUUCUGGGAGUGCCGUCCUCGCCUGGAUUUAGCAGAUAAACUGACCGCGAAGUGUUGCUGGCUGUGUGUCCCGGAUCGUGCUUCCCUCCUCCUGCUAUCACCCAGGUCCCCCCACCCCGCUCACACUCUCGGUUCCUGGGGUGUGGAGACAGGGGCCGGGGUUGAAAAACGUGGAAGAGAAGGAGUGGAUACAUUCCUGCUCGGCUUUUCUUUCCCCCCUCCACCUCCAACACCACCACCACCACCACCACCACCCCGCUCCCUUCCUCGGGUUUCCUCUGGGCGCUACAAGAGUUGAGGACCACGCUGUGCGAAUGAGUGAUUGAUGCGAACUUCCCUUCUUCAGGGCAGAAUGGGUGUGUGUCCCCUGCUCCUGCUGCUCAGUCUAGCCCUUGGGGCCUCAGCCCAGGAUCAUGUACCCAUCACAAGUCCUCCAAAAAUCACUGCCAAACCCACAGAUCCCCCAGUCGCACCAUCUCUCAACUUCACAGUCGCACCCACAAAAGCCCAAGCAGGCCCACCCACGACGCUUGCCCCCGCAGUCAUCCCGGUGACGACAAUAACAACAACAACAACAACAACAACGACCACCACCACCACAACCACCACGGGCUCAGCUGUUGAGGAUGAUGCAGAAGUAGUGGGCCCCAAUGGCACGGGGCGGUUGUUACCAUUCUCCCCACCUCCAGCUCCAACUGAUGCCCCACAGGCACCACCGACCACAGAGCCCCCACCUCCCCCCACCCCGGCAGGGGGAGACAACAAGACAGCAGACACCCCAACUACAGAGACUUACACUGAUGACGACGGGGAUAUAGUAACGGUGGAGACAGAGACCACCACAGAACCUGGGCUGGAUUCCACCUCAGACACCACCCCACAUGACAACAACCAGUCUGAUGACAUGCCGAUCAUCGCAGUCAUGGUGGCUCUGUCCUCCCUUCUGGUCAUCAUCUUCAUCAUCAUCAUCCUCUACAUGCUCAGGUUUAAAAAGUACAAGCAGGCAGGGAGCCAUUCGAACUCCUUCAGACUCACCAAUGGUAGAUCAGAUGAUACAGAACUUCAGAGCGUCCCGCUAUUGGCCCGCUCGCCCAGCACAAACAGGAAGUACCCUCCGCUUCCCGUGGACAAGCUCGAGGAAGAAAUGAACCGUCGCAUGGCUGAUGACAACAAGCUCUUCAGGGAGGAGUUUAAUGCGCUGCCGGUCUGCCCCAUCCAGGCAUCAUGCGACGCUGCUUCCAAGGAAGAGAAUAAAGAAAAGAACAGAUAUGUUAACAUCCUGCCAUAUGAUCACUCCAGGGUGCACCUCUCAUCUCUGGAGGGAGUCCCCGACUCUGACUUUAUCAACGCCUCCUUUAUAAAUGGUUACCAAGAGAAGAAUAAGUUUAUUGCAGCUCAAGGGCCGAAGGAGGAAACGGUAAAUGACUACUGGCGGAUGAUCUGGGAGCAGAACACAGCCACUAUUGUCAUGGUGACCAAUCUGAAGGAGAGAAAAGAGUGCAAGUGUGCCCAGUACUGGCCGGACCAGGGCUGUUGGACAUACGGGAACAUCCGCGUGUCUGUUGAAGACACAAUGGUUCUGGUGGACUACACCAUCCGCAAAUUCUGCAUCCAACAGGUGGGAGAUGUGUCUGGGAAGAAGCCUCAGAGGCUCGUCACCCAGUUCCACUUCACCAGCUGGCCAGACUUCGGGGUGCCCUUCACCCCUAUUGGCAUGCUGAAGUUCCUCAAGAAGGUCAAGAAUUGCAACCCUCAGUAUGCCGGGCCCAUCGUGGUCCAUUGUAGUGCGGGCGUGGGGAGAACGGGUACCUUCAUUGUGAUCGAUGCCAUGUUGGACAUGAUGAAUUCUGAGAGGAAGGUGGACGUGUUUGGUUUCGUCACCAGGAUCAGAGCCCAGCGCUGUCAGAUGGUCCAGACUGAUAUGCAGUACGUGUUCAUCUUCCAGGCGUUGCUAGAGCACUACCUGUACGGAGACACAGAGCUAGAAGUGACCUCUCUGGAGUCGCACCUGGCCAAACUGUACGCUCCCUCACCUGGAGCUAGCAGUGGUCUGGAGGCAGAAUUCAAGAAACUGACAUCCAUCAAGAUUCAGAAUGACAAGAUGAGAACAGGCAACCUGCCAGCCAACAUGAAGAAGAACCGAGUGCUGCAGAUCAUUCCAUAUGAGUUUAACAGAGUGAUCAUUCCAGUCAAGCGUGGGGAGGAGAACACCGACUACGUGAACGCCUCCUUCAUUGACGGCUACCGCCAGAAGGACUCCUACAUGGCGAGUCAGGGCCCCCUGCAGCACACCAUAGAGGACUUCUGGAGGAUGAUCUGGGAGUGGAGAAGCUGCUCCAUUGUCAUGCUCACCGAGCUGGAGGAGAGGGGGCAGGAAAAGUGUGCUCAGUAUUGGCCCAGUGAUGGAGCGGUGGUCCACGGGGACAUCUCCAUUGAGAUAAAAAGGGAGGAGGAGAGCGAGAGCUACACAGUGCGUGACCUCCUUGUCACCAACAACAGGGAGAACAAGGCUCGAGCGGUGCGUCAGUUCCAUUUCCACGGCUGGCCGGAGGUGGGCAUCCCCACUGACGGUAAAGGCAUGAUUAAUAUAAUUGCUGCGGUGCAGAAACAACAGCAGCAGUCGGGCAACCACCCCAUCACAGUGCACUGCAGUGCUGGUGCUGGGCGGACGGGGACCUUCUGUGCGUUGAGUACAGUCCUGGAGAGGGUGAAGGCAGAGGGCAUCCUGGAUGUCUUUCAGACAGUGAAGAGCCUCAGACUGCAGAGACCCCACAUGGUGCAGACACUGGAGCAGUACGAGUUCUGCUACAAAGUGGUCCAGGAGUAUAUCGAUGCCUUUUCUGACUACGCCAACUUCAAGUAAAGACCUGCCGUGGAUGGACUGAUGUCUGCAAACACUUCAUACCAUCAUAAUGCUCACACCAGAUGAUCACACACACACACACACACACACACACACACACACACAUAACCAUGCAGAAAGCUGCAUACUCCCAUCUGACGGAUUAAAACAAAAAAACAUAAAGACUCAUCGCAACUUGACCUGUGGAUGGGAUGAACUGCCCAGAGGAAAAGGGAACAGAGGCCUUGGCCCAGAGGACAGGACAGGGCAGCGCAGUCGGACAGAGAAAAUAACUGAGAUGCCUUCUUGAAUAUUUUGUAAUAUUGGUCUUGUUAAUACAGCCCUUCACCCCAAUUUUCUUCCCCCAUAUGUAUAUAUACUUACUGUGUUGCAUCUUAUUACUUUGGUUUCAGACACAGUUUUGAGUUUGGCUGCAUUUUUGGGUGGCACCUGUAAUGUAUUUUAUUGGUAUAUAAAUAUAUAUAAAUAUAUAUGAAUAUAAAUCUAAUUGCUUUGGAGGCUCAUGUAAAAAAAAAAAAUCCAGAGUCAAGGUAAGGAUGUUUGGAUUUCUUUCUCUCCUUUGUUUUGUUUUUUUGUUGUUUUUUUUAGGGACAGAGACUUAAACAUUUUUGGCUGUGAUAGAGCCGCGCUGUAGCAACAUGUGUUGUAGCAGAAUCCUGAACAGCUUACAGAUGAAACUCCUAAACACACGCACACAAGCAGCAGAGACAUUGAGCUCCAUCUAUCGAGCCAAUUACAAUUUCCCCCCUUUUAAGUUUCAGGGGUUCAAAGGUCACUCACGGUUUGGAGAUUUGAAUCACUGUCAUGUAGCUCAUAGGCUCAGGUUGAAACACACACACACAUAAAACACACUAAAUACCAGGAGCCAUCUUUUUUUUUUCCUUUUUUUUUUUUUUGAGCAUCUGUGUGUGCAUAUUUGUUUGAACUGGAGCAUAAGCUGGCGGAAAAAAGACUGCUAUCUGCCGAGUGCCAAAGUCCGUCACUCACUUGGUUGUGCAGCUCCGGAGUCUGAGACACUCUACCAGCCAUGUGUAGACAUUCAGUGCGAGAAAGCUAUUUUACUGUCUAAGCUUCUAUAGCCAACACACUCCUGGAAUAUGACAGGAAACUGGGAAAUUAGUGAAUAAAUGUAGAUUUUUUUUUUUUAAUUUUAUUUUUUUUACCCUAUGCAGAAAUUUUAGGAACAGCAGAAUUGGUCAAGCUUUUAAUGUUAAGAUCUAUAUUUUACGUUGGGGUCUGCUACAGUAUCAGCAGCAUUGUUGAUCGUGUUGACAAGCCAAAUCGCAAGUAACUCCGUUAUUGCAUCACAGACAUCAAUGCUAUGCGCCCGGCUUGUUUCUUGUUUACAGACACACAUCAGUAUUUCUUUUAGAUUGUAUUUUAGCAUUUCUUUUCCUGAAUGGGGUUUCCUUUGAGCCUGCCUGAAUGAACUGUCAUUUCUUUUUUUAUAUAUACAUUAUCAGCCUCGCAUCACUAUGCUGUGCUGUCACUCUUUUCAACACUGAUCCCCUUUUAUUUCCCACCAUGAACACUGAUGCCGACGAAUGUUUCUUUUUUAUUCGAAUGCUGUUGCUAACAUAUUCCUCGAUAAUGGAUACAUUGUUACUUUAAUAGUGGAGGUGUGCCAUGCCAUGUUUGCUAUGAUUUUUUUUUUUUUCUAAAGGCUGUCCUGUGAGGGUGCUCAGACUUGAACUACAGUAUUUUGGGUUUUUUUAAGAUUAGGUCAAAAUGAGGCCCUGCCCUUUAUGAUUGUAAUGAAAGAUGAAUAAUGUCAGUUAACCCUUUUUGGACUUUCAGGUCAGUCCUAAUUUCAACUGCGUGAGCUCAGGAAAAGAAUGAUGUCAGGAUUGUUUAAAUUUACAAAUUGAACAAAGUAGGCUUGAGUUCUUCUCCUCAAAUGGUUUUUAUUUCGAGCAGAGGAGCAUUCAGAUGCUUCCCUGCCUUUUUACAGAUUUUAAUGCCAUGAUAUUAGAAAUGAAAUUCCUCUUAGGAGUUCUCAAUCUUUUUUUUAAAUGUAGAUUUGAAAUGUAGACUAAGAUCAACCCAGUGCUUGUACAUUAUUUACAUCACACUAAUGCAUUACACUAACACUCCAUAUGUAAUUACUUUUAUUAAAAGAAGGAGCACAAUCAAAGCUAAUUUAUUGACAGACGUCAUUAAAAGUAAAUGCUGAGUUUUCAGUAAGGGUGAUACGUCAAUGUUGAUUGUAUGAACACUCAUGCACUAUUUGCACCAAAAGCAAAGCCCUUAGAAAAUAACCAAAUGAGAGGUGAGGUCAGAACUGUGAUAUGGCCUUUUAUAUUAGAUUAUGGGAAAUAUAUUUGAAAUCUCAGAGCCCCGGGCGAAGGCCCCCUGUAGGGACUUUAAGUAGCAGGUAUUUUGAAUUGACCGGCCACUGAAACUGAUCAUCAUUGUCAUUUCAGGUCUUCUUUUGUUCCAAAGCAUCACAAGUGCCCGCACUCUUAGUUAGGUGCCAUUAUGUUCUUCAUUUAUUUACUUGGUCACUUAUUGGGUCUUUAAUCAGCAGAGGAGGGGAAGCUUUUUGUUGUGGCUGUUCCGUCUGUGCUUCAAUUACAUGGGUUUAUUGUGCGUGUUUGUCAUGUGACCACUUUGUCUCACUGCAAUCUGACAGCAAAACUCGACACUGUGCCAACACAGAACACCCACUGUUUUGCUAUUAUAGUGAACUUUAAAAAAGUGCCUCACUGGUAGAUUUUCAAAAGAAACUUUACAUUCAACAUGUGAUGGAAUCUUUUCCCAAAUUGCAUGCAUCUCCUAAAACGAUGACAAAACCUCUUUGUAUGACAAAUCAAUAGAGCCAAAACCAAGACUGGGUCAGUCAUCCUUCCUUUCACAUUCCCUCUAGUCAUAUAUUCUUAGAUUCCUUGAUUGUGCAGAUCAAACUAAUAUUGAGGUCAGUGUUUAAUGGAAUUCCAUCUUUAAUGGCUUCAUUUCAUUCCAUAUCACUUAAUUGUGGGAUCCAUGACAAGUAAUCAAUUGUGGGUACCCAAGUGUUCAAGAGAAAAUUAUAGAUUUUUCCCCUCAACAAAAGCAGCUGCGUCUUUUAUGCAGCAUCGUCCUUGUUUCACAUCCCUUUACUCCCGGAGUGGAACAUUUGGAACGGCCCGGAGAAUCAAAAUAUGUCUCCAUUACUUGAACGUUAAGCUGAAGGAAGACAUGAGUCCAACUUUGCUCUUCUUCUCUCCACCUUUUAUAUGUCCUUUGUCCCCUAUCCAACUCCGCUCACUUCUUGUCCUUUUCCUCUGUCACUUUGUUCUUUGGACCAUUUUUUUCCCCAGUGGUCACUGCCCACUCCCUUUUGUACAUAAUGUAAGGUUAUUUAUAUUUCAUUCCUGUCUGCUGCCUUGCUUAUUUUAUUUUUUUCUCCCCCCUUUCUUUUUCUUUUUUUUUUUUCUUUCUAAAAGAUGUAUAUUGAACUGUAUCGGGACCAUUUUGAAAUGUAUUAGAGAUGUUUUGUUUUGGCCAUUUUUAAUUUGGUAUAAUUGUCUUAAGCAAAUCCUAUUUUUUAAUUUGCCUAUGUUUGUUUCUAGUGUUUUGUUAUUCAACAUUUGAAUAUAUGUAUAUAUAAUUAUAUAUGAUAAAAUUAUAUAUAAUUAUAUAAUGCCAAAUGGCCUUUCUAAGCAAGAUACUGUUCAAACCUAAUAAAGUGCUUGAGAUUUUA